AUGCGCGGCUUUUUGCGCCGCAUUUUGGGUCGUAGGGUGUCGCGUGAUGACGCCGCGGCGGACGCGGCGGUGCCGCCGCUGAAGUCGCUGCACGUGCACGUCGCCACGUCCAACACCCACGUCCACCGCAGCAGCGACAUGGAUGACGACGACGACAACGGUGACAGCGGCUACGAGUCUCCCGGCCUGCUCGACGUGGCGGCCAUCUCCGGCCUCUCCUCCCCCACGUUCUCCUUCAGCAGUCGAAACGCGACCGCCUCCGAGGUGAACAGCCCGACCGCGUCGAGGCCGCCGCUCAGCAACGCGGCCGGCCCCGGGGCGUCCGAUAAGGCGGUGGCUGCGGGCGAUGCUGCUGCAGUAGCUCGAGUGGGCACCCCCAACGAGCCGGACGGUCACCCCACACACGGCGGGGGCGGGAGCGAUGCGGCGGUGGACGACUUUCUAAACAACGUCAUCGCCGGCAACACGGACGUCCUGCGCAAGCAGCUCGCGCAGCAGAAACUCGAGGCGGCGGCGGAGGCGGCGGCGGCUCUCGCGGCGCAGAAGCCGCACGGCAACAACAGCACCGCCACCACCGCCGCCGCGCGGAGUCGACAGGGAUCGACGCAAAAUUCCUUCGCGGGCGGCAGCGGUCCCCGCGGCAGCACCGCGAACACGCCGACGUGUCCCGCCGAGGGCAAGGCGUUGCCUUCGCAGCAGCCAUCGCAACCAUCCGCACCCGCAGUCCCAGCAGCGACGAAUAAUGCUGGUAGUUCGCAGGCCGCACCGCCGCCACCGCACGCGCCGUCGCACCGCCACAAGUAUGUCAGCAGUGCUGCCCGCUCCCUGCAGGACUACGAGCUCAUCGCCUUUCUCGGCAGCGGCACCUUCGCGGAGGUCACGCUGGCGCGGAACAAGAUCACGAAGGAGUACUUCGCGGUGAAGAAGAUCUCGAAGCAGCGAGUGAAGGAGGAGGGGUGUGUGGAGCGCACCUUCACGGAGCGCCAGCUGCUGGCGAACCUGCACCACCCCUUUCUCGUCCGCCUCUGCCAGGCCUUCCAGAGUCAGACGCACCUCUACCUCGUCCUCGACUUCGCGCAGGGCGGGGACUUGUUCUACCUGCACAAGCAGCAGAUUUGGCUGCGGAGUAUGCGGCGGGUGCUGGUGAAGAUGCAGUACCCCUACUACCAAAGCACAUCGAGCACGUUUGCGGUGGUCCAGACCGGGUCGAACCGAGCGUCGCCGGCGCCGCCGCUGCUGCCGUCUAGCACCUCGUGCGAACACGAGCCUUUGCACCACCACCUCCAAAGCAGCAGCAGCAGCAGCGCGAGCCCGCAGCCGCACCCCGAUCACGGCCGCGUUUCUUCACCACCUAAUGCAGCAGCGGCGGCGCCGUCAUUGAAAAGCAGCGCCGAUGACGCCCCGCGAGGCGGUCCCCAAUCUCUGUUAGCCACACCACCCCUGCGGUCACCACCGGCGGGCGCGACGGACGCUGCAGCGCGACGCGGCGACGCCGACCCGAUGACCACCAUCGCUGCAGCAGCUUCGCACGAUCCCGCACACGCGCAUGCCGUUCGCGGGUGCGGCGGCGGCGGCUUCACCACGACCCGCACCAUGACAGGCGCGACUGUUACGAGCAGCGCCGCGCAGACGUCGCGCUCCCCUACCACUCAGCCCGCCUUCGCAUCGUCGCAUCAGCACCUGCACAGCGGCAGCGGCAGCGGCGGCGGUGCUGCCCACAACGCGCGGCUAGACGGGAGUGCGGCAGACGACGACGAGGAAGCGGAGACGGAGGUGUCGGAGUUUGACCUGACAGACAUCAACAACAGCAUCGUCGGGCCUGACGAGGGCGGGUGGCCGAACACCUCCUUCGGGCAGCGACCGCAAAAGCAGCUGCAGCAGCAGCGACGUCGGCCCCCGCCGGACUUCCGCUACUACACAACCGAUGCGGUGGAUGAGUUCGACGGGUCCGCGUCGACGGUCGCGCCACACCACGGCGACGGCGCGGUGGUGGUGGCGUCGCCAUCGUCGACGUUAUCCGGCACCACUCCACCAACUACAACCGCUGCAGGUGUCACCGCCGCUGCUGAUCGUCACGCAGAACAUGAAACCUCCGGCGUCCACGCCGCGGGGCCGCAACGCGUCAGCAGUAACGGCGGCGAAGACGCCUCAUCUGUGUCGCUCAACGCCCCCUCCGCCACAGCAACCACCACCGCAGCGGCAGCCUUCCUACUCCGCUCCGGCGCAUCUUCCUCUUCCUCCUCAACGCACGCCUCUAAAGGCCGCUAUCGCCGUCACCGGACAGGUCGCACCUCCGGCGAUGCGCCGGCGUCAAACGACGAUGACGAGGAUGCGGAGGCGAGAAAGAAUGUGAAGGGCGCCGUGCACCCCGGCGAGGCAAUGCCGUCUUCUGCGUCCUCUUCCACAGCGCUGACAUCGAACGCACCACCGACAUCAUCUGGGCGCCUGCCACCGCUGCGGAUGCCUGCGGCAGCGACCCGCAGGCGGCUCACCGACGGGGGCAGCGCCACGCCGAGUAGCACGAGUCUGAGCGGUGAGACCGCCGCCACAGCAGCAGCAGGAGCAGCAGCGAGGGCGUUGGAGGGGAGUCGUCAUUCGCUUUCAUCGACCAGCGCCACGCCUGUGGGAGUUGGGCUGACAGACGAGGACAACAGCACAGGCCGCGAUGGCGAGACCGCCUCAGCGCCCUUUACCGCAGCGAAACCACCACCAACAUCACUGCGGCAACAGCAGCAGCAGCCGUCGUUGUCGCAGCGCGCCAGGAAGCUCUCACUGGACCGUGCCGCGCUGGCGGAGGCCACCGCCGCUGGCGCAUCGGCCGUGGAAGGGAGUCGCGCCUCCGCCGGGAAGCACGGCCACCAUCAUCACCACGACCGUCGUCAUCAGCACCGCAGUUCUGAGGCGAAGAGAGAAAAGAAAAAGGCCAAGGACAAGACGAGCGCGAGCGCGCAGGCGGGCAGCGGCGCGACGGCGGAGGACGCGGACGGCGACGCCGCCAGCGCUGCGAGCCCAAGCGACACCACCAAGAAGAGCAAGGCGAAGAAGAAGAAGGCCAACACGGUGAGCUCGACGAGCAACAGCGCCGCUGAAGCUCCGAGUGUGUCGGGCACGUCGGUGCGCGGUCCCUCGCUGACGACGAACGCUAUCGACACAGCACCCGGGGAAUCCGCUGCGCAGGGGAGCGCUGUGAGCGACAACAACGCUAGAGGAGGUGGAGGUGGAGGCGAUGAAGCCGCCACCACAGCCAGAAGUCCCGCCACACCGGCGGUGCAUCCGAUGGAAGCCUCGCCGGCCCGGCAGGCAGCCGCGAAAGCUGCCGCCGCCCACGUCGACCUUGCCGCUCCCUUCCACCAAGUCGGCAUGGAGUCCAGCGAGACGGUCCUGCGCGAGCCGCCGCCCUCGGCGAGGUUUGCGCCGGACGACAGCCAUCGCCUGCCGCUGCGCCUCGUCGCCUUCUACGCGGUGGAGGUCGCGUUGGUGCUGCAGUACCUGCACAGCGAGGGCUUUCUCUAUCGCGACCUCAAGCCGGAGAACAUCCUGAUGCGCGGCGACGGGCACGUGAUGCUGACCGACUUCGGCGUGGCGAAGUACCGCAAAGGCGCCGUCAUCGCGUCCGCGACGGGGGCGGCGGCCGGCGGCGGCGCACCCGCCAAAGCCGACAACCCCGCCGCGACGACGGACGGCAAGGCGAACAGCUUCACAGGCACGACGCAGUACAUGAGUCCGGAGAUGCUGCGCGGGCUCCCGCACGACUCCCGCACCGACUGGUGGAGCUACGGGUGCGUGCUGUUCGAGUGGGCGAAUGGACGGAAGGCCUUCGACGGCGCGAACCAGUUCUCGCUCUUCCGCGCCAUCGUGGAGGACGAUGUGAAGGUCGCGGCGGACGACUACCGCCUCACCGUGCUGGAGGUGCACUCCCGCGUGGCGCAGUUGCACUACCGAUCGGAGGAGCUGCGCAUGGAGUACGAGGAGCGCGCGGCACGGCGGCUGCGCAACAGCCGACACUCCGCCGUGUCCGCCGCCGUCGUCUACAACCGCGAGAGCCACAGCUUCGAUGUGAGUCUGCUGUCGCCGCCGUCUGUCCCAGCUGCGAGCCCAACGGUCGACCUAACCGCGGAGGGCGAAAGCAGCAAUGAGAAAGACGGCAAGGAGGAGCGUGCGGCAUCCCCUGCGCAGCAGCGGCGGCAGCAGCCGACAGCGACGGCAGCGUCAUCGCCCUCGACGCAGAGCGUCACGCACGGCAGCGGCGGCGGAAGCGGCAAAGGUGACGGUCCCCCUCGCCGCACGGAGCAAUCCUCCCUGGCUGACCCCCGUAGCGACGACGUCCACGCCGAGCGGAGUGGUGAUGAUAAGAAUAGAAAUUUGAACAGCGGAAAUACAGCAUCGACGACAAACGCGAAUGAAAGCAGCGGCAGCGUCACCGGCGCCGAGGCCGUCGCGGCGCUGCUCAACGACUCCUUUGCGGGUCAGCGCGGCGGCGGCGAUGAAGGGAGCCCGCCGCACGCCCGUCUGGGGGACUCCUUCAACACGAACACCCUCAACAACACCAACAACUCCUUCGCGAGCGUCGCGCGCAACUCGGUGUUUAGUCUCGGCGGGACGCCUACAAACCUGUCGCUGCGGCUGACGACGACGGAGGACGGCAGCAUCGCGGCGCUCGUCUCGUUGGCGGCGCCGUCGGCGCUGCGCGAGCGGCAGCGACGGGAGCGGCAGCUACAGAGCCGGCGUCGCCGCGCCCGCCUGUCGUGCCUCGCCAUCGAUCCGCUCACACGCGACCGCUACAUCGAGGACGCGCUGCACCAAAUGGAAGAGGCACAGGCGCUGCUGCGCGACUUGACGCUGAAGCUGUUAGACCGCGCGAUGGAGAGCCGCCUUGCCGGGGCGGACGUGCUGGAGCACCCCUUCUUCACCUGCCCAUACGUCGUGUCGCAGCUGUACUACCGCGUGUACCAGCAGCGGUCCCUGGCGCGGGAGAUGCGCAAGUCGGGGCCGAUCGCAGCGGGCAGCGGAACGCAUGCUUCGUUCACGGACCUGACGGGGUCGAUGCGCGUGGACGGGUUAUCGGGUGGGUCCGCCGCGCAUGCUGCUGCUGCGCCGGCGCCUGUUAGCAGCGGCGGCGGCAUCCUUCAUCCGUCCAUCGGCGGCAGCAGCCCGGCGCAGAAGAGUGCCGCGCUGCGCUGUGCCGACAGCCGCUACGGCUCUUUCGCGGCGCCGUCCUCGCUGCGGCGGCCCGACGACUGGCGACGGCUCUUCCUCGAGCGCCGCAUUCGUGCCCUCUACAUCCCACGGCUGCGCACGCGCGAUGACUUGCGCUACUUCCCGGCAGCGGUGACGGCGACGGGGCUCUCCGCCGCGGUUGAGCAGCACCGCCUCCUGAAAGAGGCGAAGGAGCAGCAGAAAGAGCGACUGCGGGCGAGCAAGGCGACGCCGAUGCACAGCAGCGGCGGGACGGCCGCCGCUAUACCGAGCAGCAUUACCGGUACGCUGUCGGCCGCACACGGCCCGCUCGGGGCGGCGGCGCUGCAGGCCGCCGGGGAGCCGGUGGUGGUCGUGCCGAUGGAUGCCGAGGCGGCUCAUCAAAUACAGCAGUUGGUGGAGAGCAGCUCGCCGAGUCACGCGACGUCAAGAGAAGAGAACGAUCGCACCGCCUCGUCGUCGGCCGCUGCCGCCGCUGCCGUGACGGACUCAGUGAAGUCGAACGCGGAGGCGAAUGCGGUGACGGUUCAGAUCGGCGGCGACCUGCGGGUGCCGGCGGUGGAGCACAGCGCGUCCCCCCAUGAAGUGGCGGCAACCACAGUAGAGAACUUCCGCAGCAACAACUCCAACGUGGGUGGCGCGAUGCCCACAUCAACAUCAGCGGACGGUGAGGCUGCGGCGACGGCGACACGGCUGGAUGCCGCGCACCCCUCCACGGAACCAAUGCCCGCGCCACGACGCGAUGACGCUGCGGCGGAUGCGACGGGCCAUCAGCGCAACACCAACAGCGGCAAUCACCCCGCGACCUCGACGCCUUCCGCGGCUACGACGCUGACGCCGGCGACGGAGGCGCAAACGACGCAGCGCGCAGCACCCGCCGCAACGGCCAGCACACGGUCGCCGCUGUCGCCGUCGCUGCCAGACGAGGACGAGGGCGAAGAGGAUAAGCCAGCACGAGGCGACGUUGUGCAACUGAUGAGCACCGCACACCGCGCUGCAGCGGCAGCGGCAACGAACACGCAUACAAAUGCGGAUGAUGAUGAUACAAGCAAGGAUACCACCGCCGUCUCUCGUCCGCUCGUGUCGUCGAACGUGGCGGCACACGCGCCAGACAGGGGGUCUGGCCCUGUGUCCCGACCAGCCGUCAUCGUUGCAGCCGCAGCAGCCGAACCGUCCACGUCGACAACCACGGCCACCGUCGAAGGAAUGUCCACCGCGGGCACCGUCUACGGUGCAGACAACACCUCGCUUUUGGAUUCCGCCCCCACGGCCACGUGUGAGCACAGUAUCACCAGCUUCAUCAGCAACCCAAAGCACGCCGCCACGACCACGACCACGGCGGAGUCGCCGGCGGCCAACAGCGGCGGCGCGGCGCUCGCCUCGCCCUCGCACCUGCUCGAUCGCGCCGCGACCCUUCCGCAGAGCUUCGUGGAUGCGGCGUUGGCUGCCGCCGCCGCUGCGCAGCGUAAACUGCAGCAGCAGCAGCCGGCUCUGGCUUCGGUUCACUCCUCCUCCAUGGUGCUGCAGCGCAGGGAUGCCGGCGCGUCGCACGACUCCCUCACCGCCACGUCCGCGUCGCCGAGUCUUCGUCGGGCGGCGACGGCGCCGUUGGAGGGGUACGGGUCAUUCAAUGGCGCCCCAAGUGCUGUCGGAGCCGGGCCGGCCGCGGUGGUCGCAGCGGCAGACGGGGCCGGUGGCGCCGCCCCGCCAGGAGGCGACCCCAUCUUUCUCAUCGCCGCAGAAGACGGGUCAGCAGCGGCGGCAAAUGCCGGUCCCGCAGCCACCACGACCGUCGAGGGCGACGAUGCUGGGGCAGCCGCGGGAGCACCCGAUCGCAACAGCCACAACAGCACAGAAGAAGGCACCGCGACGGCCGCGGAGGUGAACGACGGCGGCGAAACCGCGCCGCACAGUGCAGCUGUGGCUCUUGCCGGCGGCACACACGACGCUGUCAACAGCGACGAGGUGGGCGACGGUGACGGUGGCGGUGGUGGCGGUUACUACGAGCAGGAUGCGCUGGCAGAGGAGCCGCACGCAGAGGAGGACGAGGAUGGACAGGGGAACGUCUCCGAGGGCGUGAGUGAGGCAGCGCGGACGCGCAGUCCCCCUCCACGCACCGUCGACAACGCCACGUCGAGCACGGACACGAGUUUGGAGGGGCAGCGGCAGCAGCACCACCGCCGUCUCGCCUCGAACCCGCUCUCGCCGGACAACGGUGCGUUCGAUGCGUCCGCCGCGCCGCAGGAAGGUCGCCGACGGGCCUCUCUCGUGACCUUCCUGGAUGAUCAGCGGAACGUUAAGGAGGCAGCGGAAACCGCCGGCGACCACGAGCUGCCGCGCGUUGUGCCGGUGACGCGGCCGUCCGCAGCCAGCCUCGACGUCUCGGCCAUCCCCUCGAGCCACGAUUCGGGGCUGAUGGAGAGCACGAGUACGGACGCUGUCGGCGGAGGAGACAGCGGAGAAGGAGGAGGAGGCGGCGUCAUUGUGCCGCACGACCCGGGCAACGACACGGCGGCUGCACCGAACACGGACACGAAUACGAACAGCAGCGGCCGUGGUGGUGGCAUUGGGGAGCCUUCCGUGUCCUCCGCACGCCCGUUGCUGACGCAGGAUGCGCACGGCCACUACAAUAACUCCGCCGCCGCAGCAGCAGCAGCAGAGUCACGGAUGCACGCGCCGUUGGACGACAGCACCAGCAGCGGCGGCAGCGGCGGAUUUGGCGACGAAAGCCUCACAAACCCGCUUUCCUCACUCUCGUCCUCGCAGACACCGCAAGAUCGCCUUCUCGCGGCCCCGCAGCCACAACACCAGCUGCCGACCUCCGUUGUGUCCGCUGCGGAAUGGCCCUCCUUCACCACCACCACCGCCGACGUCACCGCGGCAUCGUUGUCCACCGCGUCCCCGAACGCGUCCCCCACACCUGCGGCGGCGGCGGCGACGACGACGGCGACAGCAACGGCAGCAACGACCGCCGUUAUCGGCACCGCCACGACGGACCCGGCGCGGUCUGCGCUGGGCGACGUCGAUGAGCGGCCUGCGGAUGCAGCCACAGCGAUCAACGUGGUGGACACGUCGCCCACGUCGGAGGACGCGCUGGCGGCGACGUGCGCCGGCCACGACGGCUUCCCGGUCGACACGAACGGCCGAAGUGACGACACCGUUGUUGGUGAGCAACGGAACGCCGACGUCGCUGAUCGUGGGGCGCGUGCGGGUGCACCCACGCCGCUACCACCGCGUCCACGGCCAGCGGAGGCGGAAGAGGAGAGGAGCGCGGGUGUGGCGGCGGCUGCGGUGGUGGACGAUGCGAACGAUGAGAGCGAUGGGGACGAAGGUGAAGUUGAUGAAGGCGGCUACGAGACGAGCGGCGGUGAUGAGGCAAGCGACGGCAGCAGCGAUGACGGCACGGGCAGCACCACUUCCUCCUCUUCUUCUACUUCUGGAAGCUCCAGCUCUACCUCGAGCGACAGUGACGAGGCAGUCAGCGAGGGAGAGCGGUCCGAUACGGAGGAGGGCGCAGUCACGGCAGCAGCGAAAGGAGGGGCGAAGGGCAAGAAGAAGGACGUCAGCAGCCACAGCAGCAGCAAGGCACCUUUUGCUGUCGCGAUUCCGCCGUCGAAGCCGUCAACGUCUGUGACGCAGCGGCAGGGGGAGAACUCCUCGCACGACGGCCUCGAGGAGGUGGCGACCCAUCGUGACGACGACAGCGAUGACGCGACAUCUGCCUCGAUGAGCUCUUCCCUCACAGACUCCGCCAACUCGACUAUUUCGGCCGCCUCUUCCUCCUCCUCCAUCCCCUCCUCGCACUCGCUGUCGCAGCGAUCGGCGUCGUCCUCAGCCGGGAAACAGCGGGGCGGCGGCGGCUACGACGCGCGUCGCUCCCUCAGUCACGACCGCACGCGCAGCGUCAGCGGCGCUCGUCUGCUCUCCUCACCGGAUGAGCGAAGCACCGCCACCGCAGCGACGUCGUUUACGGGAGGUAGCGAGAGUGGGCAGCUGGAAGGUGUUCCCGUCGACGGUGACGCAGCAGGCGGGCCGCGGUCACCGGUGGCGAUGGUGCCUCUACGUGUCGCCGCCGGAGGCGUCAACGCUUCCGCUGCUCCCGCCGACUCCCCUGGGCGUUUCUCCGGCGACCGACUGCCACGGCGCUUCGGUACGACGACGACGACGACGACGACGGUGGCGACGGUCAACUCCGCCAGCGGCAGCCCGAUCUCCGGCGUGCCGUGGAUGUCGCGUGAGAGCCUUAGCGAGACCGGCUACUUCGGCGACGCGCUGAAUCCCGAUUCGGCCAAUCGAACCGACUUCUUCGGCCCCCUGACAACGCUCCCCGGCAUCGCGUACCACCUCGAUGACGAGACGAGCGGUGCCAGCGUCGCCGGCACACCGUUGGCGUCCUCCGCAAACCUGUCCGUCGCGCCGGAGCAGCAGCAGCAGCAACCGCAACCGCAACCGCCGUCGACGACGGCCUCCGCUGUGCGGGUCUCGCCGGGUGUCGGUCCCGGCAGCAGCAGCAGUGGUGGCGGCGGCGGUGGUGGUGGUCCAGUCGCGAAUGCCGGCCGCUACGCCAAGACACUCUGGACCCAGCAGCAACGCAAGCGCAUUAACCGCGAACUGCAGCUGCAACGUCAGGAGCAGACCUCUCAGCCGCCACAGCAGCAGCAGCAGCAGCAGCAGCCGCUUCCUUCUGGUAGCACCGAUCGGAACUACACGGACUCGGCGCGCUCCUCCCCCUUGCAGACAGGCGGCGCUUCUCAGCCGCAGCAGCGGCCGUACUCCGCGAUGAACCGCGCGCAGCCGUCUGUGCCGACCACGCCGGUCCCGGGCAGCCGCAGCGCCUUCGGUACCCGCGGCGACCACGACGAGUUCGUUGGCUUCACCUUCAUGGACCGCGGCACGAACGUUAUGAUGCAGCACGCUGGCCGCACGCGGAACAACGACAGCUUCGACCCGUUCAACUCCGCGAACGACGUGAAUGCGGGCAGCGGCGGCAACGACAAUGACGGCGUGCACCGCGAUCUGCACGGGCGACGUGUCGGGCGUGGAAGCGAGUCCUCCGCCUUCGCCUCACCGCACUACCCACCUGCACCGCGCUACCAACCCGCACCGAACGCAUCGUCGUCUGCGAACACCGCGCUCCCCGGCGGCGGCGGCGGCGAUCACUUCCAUAACUUCUCGUUCACGUCGCCGCAGAUCAUGCAGCAGUACCUCGCCUCGGCGGGCGGUGCAGCAGGAGGCAGGGGAGGCGGUGGGGCGGGGGAUGGAAGACCCUCGUACGGACAGCAGCCGCGUCGCUAG